GGCGUUCGCAGCGAGCGCUUGGCUGAAUUCGAUUCGAUUCCCGGACGCGUUACGUUUUGCGUUUGGCGACUAAAGCGAAAAUUCCGUGGGUUCAACAGACACACAUACAAAUCUCUUGCAUCUCUCUCUUUUGCUUGCGGCAAAUUCCCCGUCCUCCCUUCCACAAAAACAACACGCGACCAACAAACUCUUGAAAUGCAGCUGCAGCCGCCGCAACAACAAUAACAACAGCAGUAUAUAAAAAAAAAAUACCCCCAAAAAUAACAACAGCAACUAAAUAAUCGAAAAGAAAGCGCAACUCAAAUUGGCAACAGUUGCAAGCAACGUUCAGCAACAACCCCAACAACAAUAACAACAUCAGCAGCAACAUCUUCUUCUUCUUCUUCGCGAUGACAACAGGACAACAACGGAUGCAGUUGCUGGGCACAGCCAGCAUCCUGCUGCUGCUCUCGCUGCUCGUCUCCGCCUGUCAGCUGAGUGCGGCCAAACCGCCAGCGGCUGUUAAACAGGAAGCGGCUCCAACUAACGCUGAGUUCCCCGAGGAAGACAGCGAUAUGCUGAUGGAGCCCAACGACUUUACGCCCAUCACAGUGUUGCGUUCCCACGAGCAGCAGCACUUCCACAUGCCACCAACCACACAGCUGCAGCACAAUCCCCAGCAGCAGCAGCAGCAAUCACAACAGCUGCAGCUACAGCAGCAGCCACAACAGUUGCAGCAUCGUGUGUCAGCGCAGAGUCGCCACUUCCAAUCGGAAUCGCUGUCGCAGGAACAGUUUCGUCCCAUUGCGAAUCCAAAUACGCAGCUCAUCUCGCGCUCCGAUGUGACGCCGUUGGCAAACUCAGGAGGAGAUUCUCACAGUCAGGCGGCGCAGAACUUUUAUCCUCCCUUCUACCACGAGGCGCCUCCAUUGGGUCACUCGCGUCCCUAUUUCGCUGGUCCCGUCUCACCUUUGGGUGACAAUUCACCGCUGCAAUUGCCGCUGCUGACACCGCAGCAACAGCAGCUGCAACAUCAGCAACAGCAGCAACAUCAACAACAGCAGCAGCAACAACAACAAGCACAGCAGCAGCAACAGCAACGCGGAUUUGAUGCCUCGAUUUUGGGUAGCGGUGAUUUUGGAGUGUUGCGAGGCGGAACUUUCUAUCCCGAAGAGGAGAUGCCCUAUCAUCCGGAUGACAACAGCGAUUACAUCUACGGCGAUGCGAACAACGGGCAUGGCAGGCCAAGCGAGGGAUUCGUUCAGAAGUAUACGUAUCCUGAGGAGCAAUUCGCUAAUUUCCGUGACUUUGCGGACAUCAAUACGCCAACGGAUUCGGCAUUCUCGCAGUUUGUCGUCGUCUAUGCUGCGAAGAAUGCGACAAAGCCGCACACAAGUCAUCCGCAUCCGAAGAACAUCUUUGAGCAGCUGGAGCUGCUCGAUCGGGAGAAGGCGCUCGAGGAGGCGGCGCUGAAGAAGCAGCAGCCAAGCAAAUCCAAAUCGAAGCUCUCCAAGACGAAGCUGCAAAAGAAGUACAAGAAGAAGGCGAUCGCCAAGGAGUCGCUCGAUGUGGAGCCGCUGUUGGCCCUAAGCUAAGCUAAGCUAAGCGAUGAAGCAACUGUCCAUCUAUCUAUCACUUCACCUUCCCCUUCCCCUCGUUACAUUCCUCCCCCUCCCCCACCCCACUUUCAAAACACAGAACUUUUCACACCUUUUUUUGGUUACUUCGUUUCGUAUUUAUUCCAAGACAACCCUCUUCCACUCCCCCUCCACCCUUCUCUUUUGCAAUAGUUCCGUUAGUUGUGUGUACUAAUUAUUAUUAUUAUUAUUAUGAUUAUUAUUAUUAAUGUAAUGUAAUAUUUUUUUUGUUUUAUUUCUUUGUUUUAUUUCUCGUGUCUCUUUUGUGUGUAAUUGUAGCUUUUAGUUUUAUUUGUACUAUUUGUAUUUUAUUAUUUUAAUUUCCACAUAUUUCGUGUAUUUUGUUGUUUUAAUUCCACAAACAAAAAAUGAAAAUGAAAAAGCAAAAAAAACAGGAAAG